AUGGACGACCCUCGGAGCGACCAGACAAGCGACGAUUAUGACUUUGCGACACUUCGAUACAACUCGGCUGACUGGGGCAGUUUUGGAUUCGCGACCGCCUCUCAUGAGGCUCUUGCGGAGCAACGAGGUCUCGAUGAAGGGGAGCACGGACCUCGAGGCCUUCUGAAUACCUGCAUGGUGAACUACGACCUGGGGUAUCUGGAUCAGAGCCUGCAGUUCUCCCAGCAGCACGCGCCGGGCCCUAUGCUGCCUUUCCCGCAAAGCUACGCGACCACAUCCAGUCAGUAUCAGGCAGUGGCACCAGUGAACAUACCAAAGGUCGAAAAUCCGACUUUCGAUGAUCAGCUCAGGCUGUUUCCCCUCCUCAACGAGGCCGACCACUCGUGCUACAAGUCAACUCGCUGCACGGAUGAAUGCCUAGCGCGACAGCAGCAUGACCCGCCUACGCCACAAACAAUGAACGCGGAGGAGGAGGGCGACCUAUUCGGCGGCCCAGCAGACGAAGAGCACACGCCGAAGGAACAAAUUGCCAUCUCCAGCCUGAUGGAUUUGACGGUCAAGGAGCAGCUGAAACGCUUCUGGAAUCCUGAAGGUGGCCACCGGGUGUUAAAACCCCGCGUGGAGGUUGCGCCAGCAAACAAAUAUGAAGCAGAUCUAGUCAAGUCCGGCAAACGUCGACAGACAAGACAAUGGCAGGGACAUUUCCAAAGCAGGUCGGAGGCAGCUACAGCCAUGGAGACCCUUCAAAACUUGUACUGCAAGCCGCCCCAGGAAAGGACGAGCUGGCACGAAGACGGCACUUUUCCAACUUCAGACGACCGCUGGGUGGAAGUGGUGAAGCAGGUAUUCGAUGCUAUAAUGGACUGGAGUUAUAUACUGGAGUGGAAGAGCGCUCUUGAUCGCGAAUCCAAGGCAAAGGCUAUUGAGAAGCUUUCCAAGAGCGGCGAAGAGGAGCCCUGUCCGGGCUUGGAACCUCGCCCAAGUGUCCGUGACCUCAACAAGUUACUUCCGUCAGUGCAGGCACAGCAACAGAGGAUUCUUGGCCAAGUACCGAGCGACCAGACCAUUGAGCUGCUCGCAUGGGGAGUGGUGGAGGCAGCAGUGGUGUCCCAGCAAGGAGUGACGCAGCUACCGACCUGUUUUGUGCUCAGGCACUCCAAGCAGCUCGUCAAAUCCAUUCUCACAGCAGGGGAUGGUUGGAAGCUCAGGAUCGUCAACGCUCCGAGGAAGGAGUUUCGGGCAAAGGGAAACAACAGACGAGUUAACGCAGCCAAGGAGAAGCAGCGCCAGGGCCUGAGCCAACUUCACAACACUGAGGAAAAGUCGAGUGCCGGAUCUCGGGGCAAGGGAGAGACUCAAGGCCCCGUCGCACGCGAACAGUGCUGCCACAUGGGUAGCGCGGAAGAAGGAGAGGACGAGCCAACCGCAGACGAGCGCUCUCCAAGCAUGUGA